UUAACCCUGCACCCCAGGAUCUGGUGGAGGGGAAAGACCAAAGGAGGCAGAGUGUGAAGCAGAGGAAUUCACCUGGGACGAGAAGCUGGUCCUGCCAGCCUCUCUACCUGCUCCCAGCUCAUCACUCCCGGGGAGCCUGGGUGCACAAAGCACGAAGUGCGGCUGCUGAGGAGAGCCACAUGGGCCCCUCUAGCUGUGCUUUCCUGCUGUUUCUUUUGCUGGGUUUUUACUCACGCUCUUGUCCCAAAAAGAGAGAUCUGCAAUCAGUAUGUGGGCGGCCUGUGUUCUCCAGCCGCAUUGAAGGUGGUCAGGAUGCUGCUGAGGGGCGCUGGCCCUGGCAAGUCAGCCUGCGCUGGGUGCGCACCCACAUCUGUGGAGGCUCCCUCAUCAGUGAGAGCUGGAUACUGACAGCAGCACACUGCAUCAGAAAGAACUGGAAUAUUUUUCCAUAUAGUGUUUUGCUGGGAUCUGUUGAAACAGGUUACUCAAGUAAAGGUGUAGAACACUAUGUGUCCAAGAUCAUCAUCCAUCCCAAAUACCAAAAUGGAACUGCAGACAUUGCCUUGUUGAAAAUGUCUUCUCCAGUCACCUUCACGUCUUCCAUCAUGCCCAUCUGCUUACCCACUAUGGCAAAGCAGUUGGAAAUUCCACCUUCUUGUUGGGUGACUGGAUGGGGAGAAGUUAAGGCAGGUGCAGAUGGUAGUUACCCUUCCCACCUCCAGGAGGCAGAACUGCAAGUCUUUAACCAGCAGGCCUGUGAACGACUUUACAACCCAGUGGGUGUCUUCUUCCCAGAAACAGAGCCAGUUAUCAAGGAAGACAUGAUCUGUGCUGGUGAUAUUAAGGAAAUGAAAACUACUUGCAAGGGUGAUUCUGGAGGGCCUCUGGCGUGUGAUAUUGAUGGUGUCUGGAUCCAGAUAGGAGUGGUAAGCUGGGGACUGGAAUGUCCUUCACCUCUUCCAGCAGUCUACACCAACGUGAUGUACCACCAAAACUGGAUUAAGGCUACCAUCUCAGGAACUGAGGUCUUGUGUGGCAACCAUCUGGACUUACCUAACUUCUUAGUCCCUUUUAUUUCACUCUAUCUUGCUUUUGUGGGACCCUCCUGUGCCUUUGGGCCUAAGACAAUAAGGAGAAUAGGCAAUAGAGCUGAAGCUACUGGAAUGAAGGGCUGGAACAGGAAUUCAUGGAGAAUAAAUCCCAGAGCAAAGAACUCAAAGUCACUGGGGGCCUGGAUGACCUCACUUACAACCUGA